AUGAUGAAAACACACAUCAAGUUAUAUUCAAAAUCAAAUAGUUGUUUCUUAAUUAUGACGAUGAAAUCUUCAUUAGCGAUCAUCCUUUUGGUGCUCUUUCACAUUGUUGGGUUGGUAGUUUCCGACCCUCCUCCGUACCACGCUAAUGAAUCUUCACCUUCAUACGAGUUAUCUGCUGUAACGAAUAAACCUCCAAAGACUUCACCAAAAAAGUCUCCACCACCUCCGUACCGACGAUCACCACCGCCGCCGCCACCUCAUUCUGAAAAGCCUUUUGACUUCCUUAUGUUGGCUGAGAUAUGGCCAGAAACUUACUGCAUCAUGAUGAACCAAGUUUGUAGAAAAAUUACACCCUCAAAAUUUGUAAUACACGGCCUGUGGCCGAGCAACAGCGAUAUAGCUGAUUCUCAGCCACGUAAUUGUCAUAACACAACUGAACCAGAUAUUUCUUCAUUUUCAUUUAAGAAAGACCUACAAAAGGAGUGGCCGUCUUUGAGAUCUUAUCAGAAUACUUCAGUUGAGGACACUACCCUCUGGAUGAGACAAUGGAAUUAUCAUGGAACUUGCAGCUUAAUGACUCCAGAGAAAUAUUUUGAGGAGACAAUCAAAAUUCACAAGAGAGUUAAUUUAAAGUUCACCCUUAACAAAGCAGGUCUUCCUCCAACUAAUAGAAGACCUCACCAAUUGUCUAAUAUUUUCAGUGCCAUCAAGAACCGUAUUGGAUUUAAGCCUCAAAUUCAAUGUUAUCAAAUUCACAACACAUUCUAUUUGCGAGAAAUAAGAGUGUGUGUGGACAAAAGCACACCACACGGUUACAUUGAUUGUCCUAGAGACUAUGUUGAUUGCGGAAGUAAUGUAGUAUACUUUCCUGAAAAAGAAUAA